AUGCCAGGUGCGCUCGGGGAGACACCCGCUCGUCCACCAAGUGAGACAGCGGAGACCGAAGGGCUUAGCCUGGGUGGAAAAACCCCAGUAGACAAUCCUACCUCUGUUAGUAGAGAUAGUGAGGAAACAGAGAAGAACACUCACUUUGAGACUCCAGCAAAUGAAAGGAGCUGGUCCACUGUAAGACCUGAGAAUUCUGGCGACGGCCAGAGUGGGAACUGGACCACCAUUGAACGAAAGUGCUCUGCAGGUGCCAAGGGUGCGACCCAAAAGAAGGGUGAGCAUCAGAACCUAACCCGAGAACAAGAAAACCUGGUGAGAAAGGCCGAAAAUAAGUUAACCCCGGCUGAAAGAGAGAGAAUUCGGACUAGAUGGAACUUACCUAGUCGCCCUGCCUCCGACGGCAGUGAGUCAGAGGAAUCCCCAGGUGAGGGACCCUCCAGAAGCAAAGGGAAGGCUCCAGAUCCUCGCAACUGGGGACACGCGGACAUUGAGGAGGACGACCUGGACUUAGAAGCCCAGAGAGCCGCCCUGGACACAUAUCGAGCCGCUAGAGACAAGGAAACCCACCACCGGGAGCAGCGCGAGAUCCUGGAUGAUGCCAUGGUCUCUAGGGCAGAGGCCGAGACGGCAGUCAGAGCUGCAGAAGAAAGAGUUCAGAAACGUUAUGAGGCGCGCCUCCAAGAAAUGAGGAACAAAUGA